GGAGGAGGGCGCGGCUCACGGAUUCUUCACGGCCCGUCCUCCUGUGAGUUGACAUUUUCGUACUUUGCUGGGGACACGGUGGAGACUCGGGCCGAGGCGCCGGGAACAGCCGCCCACACAGCAGGCUUCGGACGGGACCCGAGGCUGCUCCAGGUCACAGAGGGGAGAGAACUUUCGGGCGUGACGUCACAAUGCACUUCUGGGGAACGUUCACACUCUCCGCCGCGGUCUAGGACGUCUCCGGUGCCUGCCGUCUCAGCCUCUCCCCGGGCCACCUCUGCUUCUCGGUGCGAGCUUCCUCUUACUUGUCUCUGGUUCUACAAGGAUGAACCAGAAUCCAGGUCUCCCCCCUCCAGGGCAGCAAGUCAUCCAUGUCACCCAGGACCUGGACUCGGACUUGGAGAACUUGUUUAACUCUGUCAUGAACCCCAAACCCAAUUCUUGGAGGAAGAAAAUCUUGCCCGAGUCCUUCUUCAAGGAACCCGACUCGGGCUCCCACUCCCGGCAAUCUAGCACGGAUUCUGGAAGUCACCCCCCGAGGCUCGGGAUCCAGCACGUCCGAUCCCACUCGUCUCCUGCUUCCUUACAGCUAGGUGCUGGCACCGGUACGGUGCCCAGCCCGGCCCAGCAGCAUGCCCACCUCCGCCAGCAGUCCUAUGAUGUGACAGAUGAGCUGCCCUUACCACCCGGCUGGGAGAUGGCAUUCACCCACACCGGGCAGAGGUAUUUCUUGAAUCACCUGGAGAAAAUUACAACAUGGCAAGACCCUCGCAAGACAAUGACACAGCCAAUGCCUCAUAUGAACCACCUUCCUGUCACCACUUCUACCCCAAUAAGUCAAAGAUCACUGGCAAUGUCCCAACCCAACCUAGUACUGAAUCAUCAGCAUCAGCAACAGAUGACUUCCAACCCAGCCAUAUCCCAACAGACCCACCCCGCCCAGAGCCAUCAAGCUGCGUUAAUCAAUUUGCCCAAUGCGCUUACCACCCAGCAACAGCAGCAACAGAAGCUCAGACUCCAGAGAAUCCAAAUGGAAAGAGAACGAAUCCGAAUGCGGCAAGAAGAACUGAUAAGACAGGAAGCUGCCUUGUGCCGACAACUUCCAAUGGAGUCUGAAAAUAUUGCCCCUGUUCAGAACACAGUCAGCCCCCCUACUAUGACCCAGGACAUAAGAUCCAUAACUAACAAUGGUUCAGACCCUUUCCUCAGCAGUGGGCCAUACCACUCCAGAGAACAAAGCACAGACAGCGGGCUUGGCCUGGGAUGUUAUAGCUUACCAACAACACCUGAUGAUUUCCUGAAUAAUAUGGAGGAAAUGGAUACAGGUGAAAUUCUGGGACAACCAACUUUGAACCUGAAUCCACAGACACGCUUUCCAGACUUUCUUGAUGCUCUUCCGGGGACUAAUGUCGACCUGGGAACACUUGAGUCUGAAGAUUUGAUUCCGAGUCUGAAUGAUGUGGAAUGCGUGCUGAACAAAAAUGACACCUACCUCACCUGGCUGUAGACGAUGGUGCUCAGGCUGACCUGUUCCUGUUUUCUUCCCUUUCCAAUAACCUAGCUUUAUGUUUUUCUCUUGUGGAAAUAUACGAUGAGCCUUAUAAAGGUUGUGCUGCCAAACUGCCUCCAGCUGUAAUUCUACAGAUUAUACUUGUUUGUGUAUAGGAUUGUUCCUUAUUGUAUCACCACUAUGCAGAUGCUGUGAGACUAUCUACAACCUGUGGCAUAUCUACACAAGGCCAUCUUUAAAGUCCUAGAGUCAGACCUUGAAAUGGUUUUACUUGUUUAGGAGACUAGGUUAUUGCGUUACAUACAGAUGAUCAUACACAACAUAGGCAAUAUCCUUUAUUUAUAACUCUACAACCUGAUGCAUUUAACCGUUUUAAUAUAAGCUUUACAAAUCAUUGUAAUAUUACAAACGUGCUGGAAAUAGAAUAACAAGUAGAUUUUGUUUUUAUGCUAAGCUACCUAGGAUGUUCUCUUUUGUGUGUGUGUGAUUUUUUAUUUUUUUUCUUGCAGAAGCACAAACAUUACGUUUAGAGUUUUUCUUCAGUAUAUUACUGUAUAGCUUUUAGAUGGGAAAAAAUUUCUUCCAAGUAGCAUUAUGUUCAAUAAUCGCGAGACACUACAACGUUGACCAGUUUGGUACUAACUACCACCAUUAUUAUAAUUUUUUUUUUAACAAUGUGACUACAAUUUUUUUUUACUUUUAUUUUUAAUGCAUAUUAGAUUGUAUUGUUUAUUGUAUUAAGCACUAUUUUUUAACUAAUUGUAACUGAUAAAUGCAAGCUUUUUUUUUUAUAAUACAGUGUAUCUCUGGAACUAUCAAAGGGAGUAUUUUAAAUACAAAAUGAUGUUUUGCCUCAAGUGGGUUACUGAAAAUAUAAAAAAUUUGGAGGGUAAAUAAGAAAUCCUUUUGAUAUAAGAUAUAUACUGGAGCCCACUUUAUACAUUGUUACUUAUAAUUUCAUGAUAAAAAUAUAUACUAUUUUUCUAGCUUCACCUUCCAGCAGUGAAAUAUUAUUUGUUAGCUACAGUUGGAGAGCAGGGACUAUCUGCAAUAUAUUGUAUAUUACGUUGGAGAUGUGGGACUGAUUAAGCAUUGAAAGUACCAGUUAUAUAGCAUAGUCGCAAAUGCAGAUGACGUCCUAAAAAUCCAUAAUACUUUUUGAAUCAUUAUUAUAUUUAUAUCAAAAGACUAAACUUUAUUUGUAACUUGUUGAAUGAACCCAUUAUAAAGGCAUUAUUGAUCAAAGUCUCUUGUGUCCACAAGGGAUAUUCUUUGCACUUACAGCGGGUAUAUGGGCUUACUCCCUCUAAAAGGUCUUAUAGUACAAAUGCUCAUUUGGAGACCUAUUUUACUUUGGGCAGAUGAGGAAUUAUCCACAUUUUAACAGUGCGGUGGCCUGAAGAGGGGUUUUUAACUAGGGCAGAGAAAGAUAUUCUGUAAAUAUUUCUAAUAUUAACACUUUCUGGUACUGUAGAUUUAUAUGAAAUAAUCUACAUUACCGUAAUCAUAAUCCUGUGCAACAUUGCAUUUCAACCAACUUCUGAGAGGCUUAUCAUUUUAUAAUGCAACAUAAGUCAUGAUGAAGUCCACCCAAGAAGAAAACCAUUAAAAGGGGUUUUCUGGGAAUAAUUACUUUUUAUCUAAUGCCCGCAGCCUGCCUCGUGAAACAAAAGAUUCAAACUUACCUGCUCUUCGCCACUUUGGUCGUCUGCGCUGUCUCCGGUGUGUCCAUGUUCCGGUCCCGAAGUGUUUACUUCUGGCGCAGCAUGGGCAUGGUCGCAUGCUACACUGCAGCCAAUGGCUUUAGAUGAUGUGCUGCUAUGUCACCGCUGAAGCCAAUCAAUGGCUGCAGCAGAGCAUUUGACCGUGCCCAUGUAGUGCCCGAUGGAAACACCCCGGGGACCAGAACAUGGACACAGUGGAGGCAGUGUGGAGUACUGCAUCGGCUGGGAGCAGGUAAAUAUGAAUCUUCUGUUUCAGGAAGCAGGUUGCGGGCACUAGGUAAAAAGUAAAACCAGAAAACCCCUUUAAGGGAACACUCUGGACAAAACUGAUACACUGGUGACGAUUUACUAAUACUUAGUGUAAAUUUGUUGUCAGAUGAUAUAUCGCUCGCACCUUUAGACCCUCUAGUGUAAGUUUACACCACUUAUUUGUUGGCUUACUUUACACCCGAAUCAUACGCCAUAGUUUUGACGCAUUUUUUAUAUAUGUUAAGCCAGCAAACUACACCCCUUUCCCAGUAAGUCACUCCCCUUUGUCAUAAGUAUCAGAAAAAACUCUAAAAUUGUCCAAAACACUUAAUAAAUGAUUUGCAAAGCAUAAACACUAGUUUUUAGGGCACACAUUGCACCUGAAUUCUGGCACAUUUUAAUUAGUACAUCUCCUCCAUUGUCUCAAGACUACUGCAGGACAUGGACAGGAAGUACAUUACAUUGAAAGGAGAAUCUGGUGCCUUACAAGCCCCCGCAGACCAUGCACUCAGCAUAACACAGUGCAUCAGUUUUGCCUAGAGUGGCCCUUUAAAUAUAGUCAAUUGAUUAGGAGCUAGUGACACGAGGAAGCAUAUGCCUUUCAGACUUCAUGGUAUCAGGCUACAUUUUUUUAUCCCACUGAAUUUCUAUGUUUAUGAGGCUUGAAUUUUGCAUUUCAUGGUUCAAGAGUUUGAAGACACAGUAUCUCCCUUGCGAAGUUGUUGAUGACGUUCUUGACGCAUGUUAAGUCAAGGGCCAAUUGGUAAAUCCUUAUCACAAUAAGGAAAGGCAUAAAUGCAUUGCAUGAGUUCAAGCCAAAGCUGUUUUUUAGUCAGUGCAGGUGGUGAUCUGAAGGUGAAUAACUUAUGAUAUCAGAGGUAGGUUGUAGACUCGAGUACUAAGUAGCAAUCAAGAGUUACAUUAAGUAUUGUUAUUACGUAGGUUGCUUAUGGAAAGUGGAUAGUAUCCAAAGACUAGAGAAAGAAAAUGCCAUUGUGACUUGUGAAAUAAAAUCCUGUCCUUUUAGAUUGCCAUUAAUGAAAUAAACAUUUUGUAAUGAUAA